AUGGCUUUUGAUUUGGCCGAAAAGAAUAAACUUAAUCAUCCGUUCAAUCGCGAGGCUCGUUUAGCCGGGUGUGACUGGUUCUACGGAUUUUUGAAGCGUAAUCCUACGGUUUCAAUGCGUUCGCCGGAAGGAACAUCAGCCGCAAGAGCCAGAGCUUUUAAUAAGCCAUCAGUCGACCAAUUUUUCAACGUUCUCGAGAAUAAACUUUAUACCACGUCUUAUAAGCCAUCACAGAUCUAUAACGUGGAUGAAACUGGCGUUUUCACGGUUCCAAGCAGAGCAAUGAAAAUUGCUGCAAAAAGAGGUCAAAAACGUGUGGGCAUCAUAACAAGUGCUGAGAGGGGUGAAACAACAACAGUCGUAAUGUGUAUGUCCGCGUCUGGACAAUACGUACCACCAUCAAGAGGCAGAAAACGUAAAUCGGAGAAAUCUUGCGAGUUGACGACAGCAAGUCAUCAUGACUGUUUAUUUCAAGCUAAAGCACAAAAGUCGAUGAAAGCGAUGCGUAAAGUUAAGAGAGAGCUUCAUUUAGUCAAUCAAACUUGGGAGAAGGAUGGACAUUAUGCAUUAGCAGCAAACUUUGGUAUCACAAACAAUGUCCAGAACACGAUAAUGUGA